ACCCGUUGUCAUAGUUAUGAUAGUCAACUAAUAGCAUCCUGAUUUUCCGACUUGUCUUAAUAGAUCUAUCAUCUAGAAAACUAGAUCUAAUAUUUAUGACAUUAUAUCUAUAUAAAUAUAAAUAAAUUAGAUCUAGAUAUAUGGACUCUUAACUUAUGUACUAAAUUAUACUAGGAGGCAGGCAAUCAAGUUUAAGCUUAUUUUUGAAAUCAUGGAAAAGCAAUAUAAUCUUACUCUUGGUGCCAAUGCAGCUCAGUCUGUUGAUGAUUAUCUAGAAUACAGAAGAAUAGUUGGUGAUGAUGAUGGUGGCAUAUUGUUUACACAAGAUGAAUAUGAAGCAUACAAGAAAAAAGUUAUACCUCAGCGUAUUAAAAAUCGCUUGUACACAUGCUUUUCCAACCAAAGUGGAAUGGAUUGCAAACUUGUUGGGCCUGAAACACCAUGUUUUUGUACUCACAGAUACAAACAACAUAAGACUGAUUUUGAAGAACUCCCCAAAGAGCGACCUAUUCUCCUUCCUUGUCGUGUUGCUACAUGUCCCUGCAUUUCCUAUCACUUUGUUCCUUCCAAUGGCAGUCAACCAAUUCGUUGUACAUGUAAACAUUUGGCAGAUGAACACAGCCCAAAACGGCCAUAUGUCUGUAAAAAAGGAGGUUGCACUAAAUGUACAGGCUUCAAAAGCUCAUUUACUUGUGCUUGCGGAAGUAAUUAUAAUGAACAUAAUAUGAUCAUUGAAACUGCAGAAGAACGAAUGGCCAGAGGUCACCCACUUGGUGAUGCUGUACCAUUUCAAGCUAUGGGAGGAAUCACAGGAUUUUCUUCCUUGGCAGAAGGCUACCUAAGACUGGAUCCCAGUGGUAGAGGUGCUCCUUCUGAAGAAUAUUUGAGCCAGCCAAUCACAGCUCUGGACAAUCCCUUUCUUCGAUCCAAUGUUAACUCAAUCAAAGCUCAUCACCUGGCAAGGAAGGGAACAAAUGUAACUGGCCCAGAAGAUCCUGUGUUUGAUGACAUUGAAGAGAGAAUUUCUGCUGUUAAAAAACCUGGUGAAUCAGAUAUGGAUUUCUUUGAGCGCAGAUAUCAAGAAAGGAGGAAACUUGAAGAAUUGGCAAAGAAAAAAAACCUCUCUAAUCCUUAUAAAAUUGAAAGUUCAAAAGUUGGUGUCAGAAAGGCUGUUGGAUCAUCUGCAACAAAAUUACAGCCAGGAACUUCAAAGCAAUAAUUGAUAAAGCUUUAAGGUGUAGUCUUAAAGCAGUACCAAUAACUGUCAACAUUUGAGGUACACCUAAAUAUAUUUUUAGUCUAUAUAUAAUAUAAUUUUAUAGCAUACAUAUAAUUUAUUUAUUUAGUAAUAAUGUAUAUAUAUAUAUAUAUAAUGUAUAAUUACAUUGUAAAAGUAAAUGUAAAAUAUACCUUUAUUAGUGAGUAUUUCUCAUAGUGAGUAGUAUAACGAACAAAAGAAAUUGUAAAAUAAAUUUGCUUAAUGAAAACCCAACAACUUUCUGGCGCACUUUGAAAUGCUGAGAUUCGUUGAAUGAUUCUUAAAACUCCAUCAAAUUCAAUUUUGUCUGUUUUUGUUUUUUUUAAUUGACUUUGUUGUUUUCUACAAAUAGAAUUCUUUCCAAGUAUUAUCAUUCUGAAAUAAUUUUCUUUUAAUAAAUAUUACUCAAUAUUA